AUGCGGGGCACGCCGCCGUUCCAGUUCGGGAGCAGGCUGCGGGCCCAGGUCAACGCCCUCCUGAGGCGGCCCACAGGCACGCUCGACGCCGAGGCCCUGAGCCUCGAGCAACGCCUGUGGACGGACUUCCGGAGCACGGUGGAGGCACCGGUGGUCCUCGUGGUCGGCGGCCAGAGCGAGACAGGGCGCGUCGUCUCGCGGCGGCUGGCCAGCGGCGGCUACCACGUGCGGCGGCUCGGCGCCAGCGCGCUGCGCCCCGAAGGCGCCGCGCGGCGUGGCGCCCACGAGGUUGUCUCGGACCUCUACGAGUCCGUGGCCGGCGUCGACAAGUUCGUCGUGUGCUCGGGCGGGGAAGCUGGGGCGCCGAGCGCGAAGCAGGUGCGGGACCUGCUCGCGUGCUGGCAGCUGUACCGGGCGGACUUCUCGGAGGGCCAGGGUGCAUACAGCGCCAAGGUUCGCCUCUUCAGCUUCGACCGCCAGACCGACCUCGAGCUGUGGGACUUGGAGCGCAGGCGCCACUCGGACGUGUGCUACGGAGACCACCGGGCCCGUUGGGCGCGCGACCCCUCGGGCAGCGCCCGUCUCGUCGGGCACUUCCUCGAGCCCUUCGGCCAGGUCCAGCUGCGGUCGCCGGUGCUCAAGCUCGACCUUCGGCGCUUCGGCGGCCUCGUGCUUCGGCUGCGCGGCCGGGCCCCCGGCAGCAGGCUCUCCUUCUUCCUCCGCACCGCCGACUUCGAGGAGUCCAGGGUGCAGUACGAGGCGGGCCUUCGGUGUGGGGAUACGGGCUGGCACGUGGUGCGGCUCCCCUUCCGUGCGUUCCAGCCGGUGCGUGCCGACGGCGUGGAGCUGCCAGAGGACGAGGCGGCGUCUCGGCCCCUUGACCGCUCCGGCAUCGUGCAGCUCGGCGUGGCGGUGCGCACCAGCCCCUCUGCGCCAGGGGCGGGAGGGGCAGACGGAGGGGGGCGCUUCUCGGUGGCCGUGCAGCACCUCUCAGCCUUCCGGACGCAGGCGGAGCCCCAGGUCGUGUGCGUCAGCAGCGGCGCGGAGGACGGCCUGCCCUCGUCGUCGGCCCAGGGCCAGCAGGACGAGGCGGGGGACGACCUCUUCCUCGACGGCGCCGCCGCCGCCCCGACCGAGGCGGAGCCGCCGAGCGGCCGCGGCGAGGCCGGGGGCCCCGCCGCGGCGGGCGCCGCCCCGCUGCGGCUCGACGAGGCCCUCGUCGAGCUGCGGGGGGGCCCGGCCUCUGCCCAGGCGGAGGACGAGAUCGCAGAGCCUCUCAGCAGCUCGGCGGGCACAGCCAUGCAGGCAGUCGUCGAGAGCGGCCUGGCGUACACCCUGAUCAAGGUGAAAGGCGUCAACGAGCACCCUGGCGGAAUGUACCCCAUCGCGGUGGUGCAGGACUGCGUCCAGGGCCUGCCGCUGUGCGCCGGCGCAGCGGGCCGCGCUGGCCUGCGGCGCAUCUCGCGGGGGGACGCGGCCGAGCUCGUGGCCGGCGCCCUCGUGGAGCCCGCGUGCGUCAACGCCGAGGUCUCUGCCGGGGAGGUGCGGCAGCAGGACACCCUGGGCCCCGAGGAGGUGUCGGGCUCGGAGGCGUUUUUUCAGGUCACCUCCACGAUGCAGGAGGACGUCAAAGCGUAUCUCAAGAGGCUGACGCCAAAUGUGUGA